AUGCUUGGUGUGCUUCGUUCCCGCAUAUAUAAAAAAGGGCCUUGGUAAAUCCUUGGCUCCUUCCUUGCAUCCUGUGGUUGAGUAGGGUAGGUUGUGAGUAAACUGCCCAUAGAGCCGCCUAUAAUUUAUAGGAUAGGAUAGGAUAGGGGGGGGGCCUUCUCUGAUCCUUCGAUCAGUUGGGCGUUGGGGCAUAUUAUUGCUAGCAAGCUGAUGCGGCCCUAUCAAUUCUAUGGCGGCCCUAUCAAUUCUAUAGCGGGCUCGCCCUACAAUUCUAUGGGCCCCUAGAAAUUCUAUGGCCAUAGUUGUUGAGUGGAUGGCUCCCAAGCACGUUGACUAUUAUUCCUGCCCCUAUUAUUGAAAGGGCCCU